CGCGGCGCACUUCCGGGAGCCGGCCGCGCGAAUCUCCGCUCCUGCCGCAGCCGGGCGGGGAAGCCGCUGCCUGAACGCCUGUGGAAGGGGAAGGCCUCGCCGCCGUGGUCUGCUAGAGGGGUGCCGGAGGAGAGGUGACAUCCCGGGACGCCAAGUCCGCCGUGGGCAUGAUCCACGAGCUGCUCUUGGCUCUGAGCGGGUACCCGGGGUCCAUUUUCACCUGGAACAAGCGGAGUGGCCUGCAGGUGUCACAGGACUUCCCAUUUCUCCACCCCAGCGAGACCAGCGUCCUGAAUCGGCUCUGUCGGCUUGGCACGGACUACAUUCGCUUCACGGAGUUCAUCGAGCAGUACACCGGCCAUGUGCAGCAACAGGAUCACCAUUCAUCUCAACAAGGCCAAGGUGGGCUACAUGGAAUCUACCUGAGGGCCUUUUGCACUGGUCUGGAUUCAGUUCUGCAGCCAUAUCGCCAAGCACUGCUUGAUCUGGAGCAAGAGUUCCUGGCUGACCCCCAUCUCUCCAUAUCGCAUGUCAAUUACUCCUUAGAUCAGUUCCAGCUCCUUUUCCCCUCCGUGAUGGUGGUAGUAGAGCAGAUUAAAAGUCAAAAGAUUCACGGUUGUCAGAUUCUGGAGACAGUCUACAAACACAGCUGCGGAGGGUUGCCUCCUGUUCGAAGUGCCCUGGAGAAGAUCCUGGCCGUGUGUCAUGGGGUCAUGUACAAACAGCUGUCAGCCUGGAUGCUCCACGGACUCCUGCUGGACCAGUACGAAGAGUUCUUCAUCAAACAGGGUCCAUCUUCCGGUAACCUCAGCACCCAGCCAGAAGAGGAUGAGGAAGAUCUAGGCAUUGGGGGACUGACGGGCAAACAGCUGCGGGAGCUGCAGGACUUGCGCCUGAUCGAGGAAGAAAACAUGCUGGCUCCUUCUCUAAAGCAGUUUUCUCUGCGGGUGGAGAUCUUGCCAUCCUACAUUCCAGUGAGGGUUGCCGAAAAAAUCCUCUUUGUCGGAGAAUCCGUCCAGAUGUUCGAGAAUCAAAAUGUGAACCUGACUAGAAAAGGCUCCAUUUUGAAAAACCAGGAGGACACAUUUGCUGCAGAGCUGCAUCGCCUCAAGCAGCAGCCGCUCUUCAGCCUGGUGGACUUCGAGCAGGUGGUGGACGGCAUCCGCAGCACCGUGGCUGAGCAUCUCUGGAAGUUGAUGGUAGAAGAGUCAGAUCUCCUUGGCCAGCUAAAGAUCAUUAAAGACUUUUACCUCUUGGGACGUGGUGAACUGUUUCAGGCCUUCAUUGACACGGCUCAACACAUGUUAAAGACGCCCCCCACGGCAGUAACUGAGCACGACGUGAACGUGGCCUUUCAGCAGUCUGCACACAAGGUACUGCUGGAUGACGACAACCUCCUUCCUCUGUUGCACUUGACAAUCGAGUAUCACGGAAAGGAGCAUAAAGAUACUGCUCAGGGAAGAGAAGUACCUUCUCGGGAAACUUCUCCGCGGGAAGCUCCUGCCUCUGGCUGGGCAGCCCUCGGUCUUUCCUACAAAGUUCAAUGGCCACUACACAUUCUCUUCACCCCCGCUGUCUUGGAAAAGUAUAAUGUUGUCUUCAAGUACUUGCUGAGUGUGCGGCGGGUGCAGGCUGAGCUGCAGCACUGCUGGGCCCUGCAGAUGCAGCGCAAGCACCUCAAGUCCAACCAGACCGAUGCAGUCAAGUGGCGCCUGCGGAAUCACAUGGCGUUCCUGGUGGACAACCUGCAGUACUAUCUCCAGGUCGACGUGCUGGAGUCUCAGUUCUCACAGUUGCUUCAUCAGAUCAAUUCCACCCGAGACUUUGAAAGCAUUCGCCUGGCUCACGACCACUUUCUGAGCAAUUUGCUGGCACAGUCUUUUAUCCUGCUGAAACCUGUGUUUCACUGCCUGAAUGAAAUCCUGGAUCUGUGCCACAGCUUCUCUCUGCUGGUCAGUCAGAACCUGGGCCCACUGGAUGAGCGGGGCGCUGCCCAGCUGAGCGUUCUCGUCAAGGGCUUUAGCCGCCAAUCUUCACUGUUAUUCAAGAUUCUUUCCAGUGUCCGGAAUCACCAGAUCAACUCAGAUUUGGCACAACUGCUGCUACGACUGGAUUACAACAAAUACUACACGCAGGCCGGUGGGACCCUGGGCAGUUUUGGAAUGUGAAAGCUUCUGCUUCAUAAACCGAAAUCAGUCAAUCCCACCACAUUCCCAAGUGACAUCCUGUUCUCCAGUCACUCACCCCACGGUCUGCAACCCCCCAGGAGGACUGCACUUGUUCCAGGAGCACAGAGGCCUGCCCCUGCGGUGGGGUCUCCUCUAUGGUGGCAGCAGGGACCCUCCGCUCACUAGACACAGGCCUGCCCCUUUCCCUGGCAGUGUGUUAGAAUGUAUCUGUCCUCGGAGACUUACAGAAUACCCACCAUGUACCUGGGUACUGCGUGCUGUGGAAAAUACAGUGAGAAACAAUAGAGAUCACAAAGUGAACUGCUGCAAGUUCCCACAAGGAAAGGCACAGGUAAGCCAGGCUUUCCCUCUGCACACCAGGAAC